AUGAUAUUGGGAUCCGGAUGGGGCGGAUUCAAAUUGCUACGUGAUAUGGACAAGAAAUCAUAUGAUGUCGUGGCUGUGUCACCCAGGAACCAUUUCGUGUUCACACCAUUGUUAGCCAGUACAUCUGUAGGCACACUUGAAUUCCGAUGUAUCACAGAACCUGUCCGAGGUUACCGGGAUGUGGAAUACCAUCAAGCAUGGAGUGAUGCCAUUGAUUUCGAAAAGAGCAAAGUGGACUGCACACUAAACCUACCCAAGGUACCCAGGACCUAUAUUCACAAAUCUCCCACUGAAACACUAGAGGAUACCAACAAGUUCACAUUGGAUUACGAUCACCUGAUCCUUGCAGUUGGAUCCUAUUCCAACACGUUCAAUAUCCCCGGUGUUAAGGAACAUGCCUAUUUCUUAAAGGAGGUAGCAGACGCCCGCAAGAUCCGGGCGCGGGUCUUGGAAUGUUUUGAACGAGCAGAGAUGUCUCGAUCGGAUGAGGAAAGGAAUGGAUUAUUACAUUUUGCUGUUGUCGGAGGUGGACCCACCGGGGUAGAAUUCUCUUCAGAGCUACAUGAUUUCAUUCGAGAGGAUUGUUCACGAUUGUUUCCUGAUUUGAUGAACCAUGUGACCUUGGCUGUCUAUGAUGUGGCCCCUACCAUCUUGGCCAGCUUUGACAAAUCCCUGGCUCAAUAUUGUAUGAACAAGUUCAAACGAUCUGGAAUUGAAGUUCGAACUGGAACAGUGGUUGAGAAAGUCGAGGAUGGGAAAUUGAUUUUGAAGGACGGUAAGGAGGUUCCAUUUGGGUGUUUGGUUUGGUCUACAGGCUUGACAGAGAAUCCCUUGACAGCAUCCUUGGAAGGAAAAGUACUCAAAUCGAAAAACAAGAGGAUCUUGACGGACGGUUACUUGAGAGUCCUAGAUCCAAAUGGCAAGGUCAUUCCCAAUGUUUAUGCUCUGGGCGAUUGUGCAACCAUCAAAGAUCAUGAGCUCCCACAGACGGCUCAAGUGGCUAACCAACAGGCUAAUUAUUUAAGAAAAUCGCUCAACAAACUAGCAAAGAACCCAGAGAAAUCAUUAGAAGAAGUGGUUCAACCGUUUUCGUUCAAGAAUAGAGGAUCGAUGGCCUAUAUCGGUAAUUGGGAAGCUGUGGUGGACAUGACCAAGGUCAAUGACAAUGCCAAGGAAUCAGGACGAUUGGCUUGGGUCUUUUGGAGAUCAUCCUAUUUGACCAUGAGCGUGUCAAUGCGAAACAAAAUGCUGAUUCCGAUGUAUUGGUUCAUGACUUGGGUCUUUGGACGAGAUGUCAGUUCCUUCCAAGAAUAUGAUCGCUUUAAAAAGCUCGAUGCAUAA